CUGAGUUUUGCGAUUUCUUUGGCACAUCGCGGUAACAAUGAAGAAUAAAUAAUGUGCAUCGCAUUAUCUUUAUCAUUCAAGAAGAACGUAAAACGUGGAAGAUGAACGAGGGUUGCUUUCUUUUGUGACGAAGGUGAGAUCAUUUUUUAGUUCAUAAAACAUUCGAUACAAUUUGGUCAGGAGCCUGCUCUGUUGAGCUUGAGAUGGUGCGUUUAGAAGAAAAAGCACGCAGUUCAUCCCUAUCAGAGUUGUCCCGGAAGCAAACCCUACGACCAGGACUAAACGUCCUUUCCUGUCUUUGACAGUUUUUGAUGAUUUGAGUAUAUUAUAUAUAGCUACAGCCCCAAGAAAAAGUGUGCCCGUCGCAAAGGAAAGAAUACCCUGUACCCCUCGAGCAAAAGUUGUAUUUAUUUUGUGAAAGUUACCUGACUUAGUUUGCGUGUACUACAUCGGUUCAGUAUCUUAUUGAUUUAUUCUUCUGUAUUAGAGCACAUCAAGUUUUGAAAAGUUUUGGUCACGACAGGGUGCAAUAUGUCUUGUGAAUGUAAUUUCGUUUUCCCGUCUUCGAAUAGGAGGGGGUCUAUAUCGAGCAAUUGCACCUUAAUUAAUUGUUGAAUCUUCUUCAGCAUUCUUUUACUUUAUUAGCUCAGUGAUUUGUUAACAGGUUGACAUGAUGAUGGCUACGUCUACCACUUGAUGCUUGCGUCGUUGCUGGCCCGUCACUCGUCUGAAAGAACAACUUGAUAAUGUUUGCUCUUGAUAGAUUUAUAUGAGCACGGUGAGUAGUUGAAUUGAUUGAGUAAUUUGUAUUGCUAGUGGUAAAUUCGUUUUUCAAGAAUAACUUGAAUUUUGUUCGGUUAGCUGUUGUCACCAUCGAGGAGACGAUAACGAGAGGUAGUUACGGACGUGAAUAGAUGUUCGGUGAGGGGUCUCUGGGCAGUUCUGCUCGUCGACCAAGCCACAGCAGCAGCAAGUUUGACACCCCGCCAUCGUCUCCUAUUCAUCCAGCCGUCGUCCUGAAGAGCGGAAGCAAUACGGACGAUGAACUUCGUUCCAUUCACUCCCUGGACGGAACCGGAUCGAAUAGUGACGAGUCACUGCUUCACCACGUGGAGUCCGCGUUCUACGGCACUCCUGCAUCCUCAUUCGCGCGCCUGCAGCAUCUUGCCGGUGCCCCUGGAACUGCCGAAGUGUCGUCCAACGCGUCGUCGUCUCUUGGGGGAAAUGCUGGAACGUCGAUAGAUGUAAGUGGCGGAGCUGGUGCACCGCAGUCAAGCGGAGGUGAUUUGUCUCAGCAGCCUGCACUGCCACGGUUACGGCCGCAAGCCGGUGCGCGAGACGUGUUUACGGAAACUUUCGUUGGAGGAGAACCCAGUCGUCCAGGAGACGACAACACACCACACUUUGUUGGAGCGACACCGAGCUCCUCUAGUCGGAGCUACUUUGGGAGUGUUUUUUUUCGAGGAACGGCAAAAAGCAGACACGGGUUUCUCGACAUCUCGCAGCUGUACGGAAUGCAAUUCGGAGUCCCGGAUCGAGACGAGGUGCGCGACCACGCACACAACGGAAUGUCGAUGUUGCUGGACCAAGGGCAAGCCGCGCUGAAGAUGGCGCGGUAUCUCGUGGAUCCACGGCCGAACGAGCCCGCGCUUAUCUUCGUUGAUUUUGCCGACCACAGUGAAAAUCAGAGAGACCGCCCUGAGGACAGCAGCUUCAUGGUAGAGCCUCUGCGGUGGGCGCGUGGCGUGGGUCGCACGAUAUCGCGUUCCUACCGGUCUGUUCGCUCGGCGGUUGAGGACCGCGUGGUCCGCUAUACGGGAGCGCAGGGUAACCCCGACGCAGCAUUAAGGCUCUUUUCUUUUCGCAUCUACAUCGAUCUAAUGUUAAUUGCGUGUCCAACGGUUGCCAGCAUCUUGCUCCAGAGCUUUGUUUUUUCCCAAGAUUUAUCCCAUUACAAUCAUCCUUGUCUUGGUCAGACGGAGAGCAUUCGUGCUGCCCCAUGUAGUCGUAUAUGAACGUGGGAUAAGAAGUUUAAGUUGGCUUUCUUUACUUAUAAGUAAGAGCUAAAUGCAGAAAAUGUAAUGGAAGAACAAAUAUGUGUUGUUGUCAUGAGUAGCGCUAAAUCCUGGAAUCAGGGACGAGAACAAGAACGAAGAUGUUCUUCGAACAGCUGGCAUAAAGAACACGAUGGUCGGAAUUUUGGACGUUGCUUUCUCCAAAUGGCGGCGCAUGCGGAUAGAGAGUAAAAGGUCGGCACUCGUCGCCGCUUUCCUAGUUUCUCUGACAUUCCGACAAAGAAAAAUGGCCGCCGGAUGCGCCUGUGCCUACCUCUUCUCAACGGUUCCGCCUUCCGAAUCCUUCGAAGCGAAUUUCAAGAUCUGGUUCCACAAGAAUUAUUUUCCAAAGGUACUACAGCUCUCUUGCUCUUGGAUUUUAUCUAAAUUUUUUUCGAUUUAUCAUGGCGUACCAGGGCAAAUAGAGAGAUUACACUUCUUAUUUUGAUUUUGAUUGCCGUCCAACAAUACCGCGAUGUACAAUGCCGAUGACCUUCGACAUCAAUAUUAGAGCACUAGGACUCCUCUAUGAAGAUAUCGUUGCAUUUUUUUUUCAUUUCUUCAUAACUUCUAAUUCACACUGCUAUUUAUAUUUAUAUAAGUGUGUGUUUGACUCUCAAUACAGUGUCUGAGAAAUUCCUGAUGUGAACAACACAGAUCGUCUUUCGAUUGCAUGACUUGUGGCGUGAACGGCGAGAAGCGCAAACAUCCACAGGACUAGCGGUUCUUCAAAAGGCGCUUCUUAGGGCUGAGGAAAAGCCGCCGACGGUGGGAGCUGUGUAAGGACGAAUAUUUAAUUUUGGUAGAUCUUGUAUCGAUUGAAGAUAUUUUGCGCUGGCGCUUUAUAUUCAUGAGUUGAGUAGAGAAAGCAGCCCGAUCGCGAGCCGUUGUUCAUGUCUGUUGGGUUUCUUCACUCUCGUCGAGAGUACUGGCUGGAGCGCGUUCUCUCGGCCCCCCUAGCUCCUCUUUGGCCGUUCGUCGCCCUACCCUUUUUUAUAGGGGUGUCUGGGUGCUGGGCGGAUUCCCGGCGAGGUUUUCGGCCGCUUCGAAGUUCGCUUCUUGGGUAGUCACUGCGAGGAAUUGCUCAUUGCUCCUUCGACGCGGCUGCUCGGCUUUCGGUCUUGCUCUGCUCGGCGCGAGGCCCGCUCGCGUGCGACUGUGAUGAGGAGUUCUUCUGCCAUCUGUGCGCCGUUUCUGUCUUUCGCUGCUGGUUCUCGUGUGACUUUCAUAUAUGCAUCCACUUCUUGUAGCUAUAGACCAAUGCUGGAAAUAGAUGCCAUCACGCCCACACAGUGAUAUUAGAAGGUAAGGAUGCCUAGUAUACCUUUUGCUUUUAGACAAUUGAUUAUUUGUUGAGUGUUCCGAAAACCAAUUCUUAUUGAUGACUACCAGCAUCGGGAUUGUAGUAUCUUCAAGUAGACAUUGCUAUGGUUUACCUUAAUCUCGCUUUUUCAGGUAUGAAAUUGUACGGGGAUAUCCAAAUGAUUUUGUGGAUUGUGUCUUCUGCAAAGUGGCCACAAAAGAGUCGGGGCCUUUUAAGUUGGUCUUUGCGGGUGCGAUGAAUAAGUGGGCCGCUGUGAGCAGCAGCGCGGAUCUGACCUCAGAGGAGAUCUUAGAGAAGCUCGUCACCGAUAUUAAGGUUACACCGACGUCUACCCACAUCUCCCUACUUGUUUCCAGCAUCUUUUUUCACCUGUGGGUUUUCAAGGCGAAAACCUCACGUGAUUUGGAAAAUGUGCGGAAGGCAAAAAUAAUAAAGUGGGGGGGCAUGAUAUGUCAUUCUAAUGAUCUUGUCGUAAAACAAGGGGCAUAGAAGAUUCCGACGAUGAAUUCUGCCAGGAAGGCAUGUUUCGACUCGGAAGCGUAGCGCGUUUCUGGGGGGGCUAUGGAACAGGUUUGCUUCGCUGGCAUCUGAAUCUGAUCAUACUUAAUCAGUCUAAAGAUAUCUGUGCUGCAUGGUACUAUAUUUACCCGGUUCUUCAUUUUUGUCGUUCUAAUAUAGGUUUUUUUUCCCCCUCGAACUCGAUGCUCGACAUUUUUCGAUAUCCUUCGCAUCAAAAUUUUCUGCGAUAUAUUACAUGCUACAUGUACAUUGAAUUCUGGAACAAAAAGUCCCAGUUGCGCAUCCCGUUCCCCAGGGAGAGUUUUCUUCGGUACUUAGUAUGUACAUUCCUUGGUGGUUUUUUUACAUGUCUGUACAUAGAAAUCGCUGGUGGAUGACAUUGUGUGGUCCUUGACAAACAUUCGGAUCAUGAGGUUGAGACAUUCUCAUCUCAGAGCCUCCGUUAUUUUUCACACCACUUAGAAGGCCUAAUGUGGGUCUUCGAUUCGGCAAUUGACACCAUCGAUAAAGUACACAUCUUGGAUGACGAGGGAGUGUUGUGAAGCG